AUUGCCAAAGUCGAGCCUCCGGAGGAAGCAGCAGAGAAGCCUGCUUCCUCCAAGAAGAAGGAGAAGAAGAAGGAUGUAGCGGAUGAGCCGCCUUCUUCGCGAGGAGACCACAGUAAGCCCGUUGAGGAGCGCGCCAACAAGCGUGAAGCCAAGGAAAGCAGCCGAAAGGAGCACAAGGAGCGCAAGACGCGCGACGAUGCAAGGCACGACCACGAGAACCGGGAGCAUCGGAAGGAGCGCAGAGAAAAGGAACGCAAAGAGCCGGCAG